AUGAUUAUCUAUUCGCAAUACAUCGCGUGUGAUGCUUUGUCAUUGUUGGUGUUGGUCUUCUGUGUAUCUACUAGCAUCACAAAUGCAACAUUAGUAUCAUCGUUUGCCGGUGAAGAUAAUAAUAAUCCAUUGCGACGAGCUGAUGAAUAUGUCAUGACUUCAGCAUUAGUCGAUGGCAUCAAACGUUCAAAUGUUUGUGGAGAUGGAUAUCGAAUUGAAGGAGCUCUUCUCAAGUCUUAUCCGUAUUCUAAACGUCAAACAUAUUUACCAUAUGAAGAUUGUUAUAUGACAUUUAAAGCUCGUCAAAUCGACAAUCAAAUGCGUAUUCGCAUUUUAUCAUUGGAUCUCAAUGAUAUACAUAAUGGUGUAAAUUGUCUCGAUUCACUUCGUUUUUAUAAAUCAGUCUACUUAACAAAACAAGAGAAACUUAAUACAGUUGAAUGUGGACAAUUAACAGAAAAAGAAGCAUUUGAUGUCAUUUCACCAACAGGCAUUGUGACUGCUCAUUUUAUGACCGAUGGUGGAAAUGUAAGUGGUCUUGGUUUUAAAGUUGUACUUACUUCUUUUCGUACUCCGGAUAAAACACAUCCAUGCGAUUCCAAUAAUGAAGAAUUUCUAUGUCAAAGUGGAGAAUGUAUUAGUAGCUUACUUAUAUGUGACGGCGUUCCUCAUUGUUCAGAUGGAUCAGAUGAAUUACCUGAUCGUUCUUGUACUUCAAAAUUCUUAAAUAGUGGAAAUUUAGAUGCUAAUAAUCGUGCAUCGACAUCUAAACGCCAGCAUUGGCGUGGUAUUUUAAUCGCGGCAUUUUUACUAAUUAUAUUAGCUGUAUUUAUUCUUUUCAUGGCGUAUCUUAUUUGUCGUCGUUGUGCUCCUCCGUCAGUACCCUUAACAAAUCAUUCAAGAAAAACUUAUGCAACUAUGCUAAAUUCCUCUAAAACUGCAACAACAACACACGUAGUAGUGCCAAAUGAUAGGAUUAGAAAAUCUCUUGAUGAUGAUUAUAAUUUACUUUAA